UCUUUACCGACCCUUAAAUUUUAAAUUGGCAAGCCUGUCAUCAUUUAUCAGCCCGCUUCUGUAGCCGUCACAUCUGCUCUAUCACGUCGUAUCGCGUGGUUGUUCGGCGUGCUUUUAACCUAACUCCGAUGACAGAUGUGUGAAAUGUCAGUUAUACGUUGUCUUGCAGAAAACAAAUGGAUUCAGAAGUGAAGCCGUACAGAUCUCUGCCACCAUUAGUCGAAGGCAAAAUUCACGGUAAUUUGAGGCUCGUUAUUGACGAAGUUCUCUGGCAUAGAAGUCCCGGAGAUGUCACGAUAGUGGCUUCCUGGUGGGGCGAACACGACAGUGCUCAAUUCAGGCCGGUAGAUAGUAUUACAGAUACAGCAAGAACAGAUGAGGAUACAACUAAAACAUAUGCUAUAAAAACUAAUGCAACGCUUUUUGAGGAUUAUCUAAAAAAUUGUGGAACAUUAGAAUUAGUAAUUAUUGCAGAAAAAACUCGCAAGAUUGUUGGCACAGCGCGUGUAGGAGAUUUGUCUAAGAUAUUUACAUGUAAAUAUUAUACUCAGUUUGUUCCAAUAUUAAAUAACAAUGGCGAUAGAAUAGGGAAAAUACAUGUUUCUUUGCAAUUAAUAUAUUUAACAAAGCUCCCAAAUAUGCAAUUGAAAACAUGCAAAUACAAUAAAAAACAAGACAGAAGCGAUGUUUUAGCAUCAGUUGAUGAUAAUUUGCAAUAUAAUGAAGAAAUACCAGUGACAUCCUACAAGAAUGCUGAUAUUAUUAAAAAAAGAAACUUUACAAAAUUUACAAACAAUGAUACGUAUGAUGCAUACAGAUCUGUCCUUAAAGCCAAACGACAAGAUUUUCAAGAAUCGAAGACAAAGUUUAAUGAAAUGGUAACAGACAAUCUAGUUGCUCAGAUUGUUGCCAGAGCACAGCGACUUAGAGGAGCAAUAUUAAAGGAGACUUACAAUGACGAUUCUUUAGCUCUUAGCGAUAAUUCAAUUAGCAAUGGUUUAUGUUCUUAUGCUUCAGCAGAAAAUGAAGCAAAGCUUUACGAAUAUAUUUUGGGGACUGAAAUGACUUCCUCAGAGGAGAAGAAAGCCUUAAACACGUUGAGAUCAACAUCUCCAACUCCAAGUUUGAUAGAUCUGGCUUCUGAAACAAUCACAGCUAGUAAAAAAGAUAAUAUGAACAUUAGACAAGGGAAUGAAAAUUCUCUUGUAAAAUUAAACAGUUCUGUAGAAGAUGUAUUGUAUGAAAAGACAAUUGAUGGCGAGAUGAAAGGAGCACAUCCUCUGGAUCAUGUAGAUAGUGUAAGAAUUUUCAUUGAAUCCCUUACACUGAGUUCUGCGGGAUAUAGACGUGCAAAAUCUACAUGUUUGCAACAUGGUGUACCAUUGUCACUGACAUAUUUUAUUCAAUAUGAUACAACAUUUGGAUCUGCAAGACAAACAAAUAUAAAAUCUAAUAAAGAAAUUAAGCUUGUAAGGACAUGUGCUAAAAAACAAGUGGGUCAAGUCAUUGACUUCAACUCUGAAGGUAUCUAUAGUAUACAGAGACACAUCAUAAAGAAAAAUUUUCCCUUGACAUUUAAAAUUUUUGUUCGACAUCUUAAUCAAAAGUUCCCAACUGAGCUAGGAUGUGGUUCUAUGAAUAUUAACGACAUUGCAAAUACUGUAAAUUUAAGCAGUACCCAGCGUAUAAUUAUUAUUAAUAAAGGCAUUAAAAUAGGUGAUCUAAAGGUCACAGCAGAAUUAGGCUAUAAUUCUACUUACUUUGGGAAAGAAUUCGUUGAUGCAAUAAUGUCUGCAAAAGAAAAUAUCCCUGUUUUGGAGAUAAAAUCUUUAAGCUCGAAUGGUAACAAAUACAGGAGUGCAACAGGGACUCAUUCUUCCAAAUCUAGUAGUAAGGUCUCGUCCGUCUCUGCUAAACGAAUUGAAUGUUUAACUAGUAAUAACAAUAAGGACUUGAUUGCUACAAGAGGUAUAGCGGAGCACCGAGAACGAAGCUCAGAUAAUAAAAAGAUUGAUACAAAUAACCCAGAAAAUGGUACUAAAGAUAAGGUUUUACUUCAUGGCUUGAUAUAUGUAGCCGAGGGUAAAAAUUUACCACAAGAAUCUAAUACCUAUUUGAUAUGUAGAGCGUUUUGGCGAGAGGAUAAAGCAACGAGUCAAAUCUGUAGUAAUACGAAAAAUCCAUUCUACCAUUUCUUUCAACUAGUACCAUUAAUUCACGGUAUAGAAUUAUUGGAGAGAAUUAGAGAUAAUUAUAUAAUCAUAGAAGUAUACAGUCGACAAAACAGUGAGACAGAUAAUCUGUUGGGAAUAGCAAAACUACCUGUACACCAGUUAUACAUUGCAUAUAGAGAUCCACUUGUUUUACCUCACUUGCUAUUGUCAAAGUAUCCUGUAAUAAGUGUGGAUGGUUGGGUCGGUAUUAACAAUCCAGUAAGCGGAGAAUCUUGCGGAGAACUGCUUGCAUUGGUCGCACUUGGCACUGCGGAGCAAAUUGCAUUACUAGAAGUGUCAAGAGGUCUAAGAAAUACUAGUGUCAUACCGCGAACAGUUCAUCACUGUCAUGUUCUUGACAAUACGAAUAAUGCAACGAGCGUUUACCAAGAGAGUUUACCGUGUAAUGUUCCUGAGGUGUUAAAUCUCAGUUCACGGAAAGUUACACGCGAUAAUAAUUUCGCUUAUCACGUUUAUAAUACAACCGAUCGAGAUUCAGUAUCCGCCGAUUACAAGAGUCAAGAAAGUCAAACUGAUAUCUCGAGUCUUCAAGAUGCGAGAUCGGAGAAACCAGUGGAAGAAGCUGAACUUCCCGAACAUUUGGCUUUACAUGCCUUAGUUGACCGUUUAACGAAUGCGUUACAUACUAAUAAGACCAGCACUGACCAGUCGGCGCAAACAGAGAUGAAUCAAGCGGAUGAAGGAGAAAUGAAUGAAAAAGAGUUACGUUUAAAUACGCUAAAUAGUAAUAGUCUCACUGACAAUAGCGAUAAUAGUUGUAGUCCGAGAAAUGAUUUUCAAUUACCUACGGAAAUGUAUAGAAGCGUUGGCGUCGGUGCAGAAUACGACGAAGAAUUAGAUCGACAGCGCAAUAAUGCUUAUGAUAAUUUUUCAAAUUCAUCCGUGAUAAAAGAAAAUGCGGAAAGAGAAGAAUUAAACACCGAUUGCGAUGGCUCUUUCUUCCGAUCUGUCGUGGAAAUUGAAUGCGCGCUACAUUUGCCGAAGAUGAAAGGACCGAAUGAAUUCGUGGAACCGAGUACAUACGUGACUUUUCAGGAUUUAACUCAUAAAUCCGAUUCUAGUAGCCAAUUGAAUUCAUAUAUGACGACGAAUGUUUUUCCGCACAGCUGCAAUCCAAAAUGGAAUUGGAAAUGCGACGCAAAACUGCCAAUGGACCUACUUUUAAACAAUCAGAAAAGAUUAAUCCUCAAAGUAUGGUAUUUGAUCGAUCCAGAUACGUCGACAGAAAUAAAUUUAGGAAAAGACAUCGUGAUUGGUUUUUCUGCUGUCGAUCUUUCGGUUCUGAUAGCUGGAUUUCCCACAGUAUCCGGAUGGUUUCACAUUAUGGAUUUUACCGGAAAAUGCAACGGACAAAUUAAAGUAACUAUAACACCUCUGGAUAGUUUACCUUUGGGAAAAAUUGCACCGACUGAUGCUAUUAAUCUAUCGAGAUGCAGUAAUUUGUCGCAAACAAACUGGCAUCUGUACAACACACCUUGUAACAAUACAGCAGAAUCUAAUAAUGCGCAUCGAAUGUUAUCAUAUGCAAGCCAUAAUAAAGACGGAUAUGCACAAAGUGAUCGUAAGUCGAAUGAAUUUGUAGCAGAAGUUGGUCACGGCCUGGAAGAUGUUUCUAUGUCUUUCUUAUCGUCGUCUUUGAAGCAAAAAUUGACCGAACUAGAUGAGAUCACAAAACGUUUGCAGUCACGUUUAAGUGAUGUCACAAAUACGGCUUUCGAAGAUGAUUUUGAUAACGAUUUUGACAUGAUCGAACCAAAUAGCGAUAAUGAAAAUACCGAUGAUAAAAACGUCGAGAUUACACCACAAAGCACAGGUUUCGGGUACUCUGCUAACGGCACAUCACAAAUGCCGAAACAGAAUAAUAUACAGAGCGAUCGAAAUGACGAGGGACAGACUUCUGCUAUAAACAGUAAUUAUAAUUCACAUUUUGAGCAGGGUUCCGAUCAAGUUAAAGCUAUAAAUUCGGAUACGAUUGAUACCGGGUAUUGCACCGGUUCCAACGCGCGUUUCGCACAACAUCUCGGCUAUUAUCACAAUCAGUAUCAAAAUCGAUGCAGUUCGUCGACUCGUAAUUAUCUAUCAAGUAACAGCGCAGAGUAUCCGGCGCGAGGUACCAAAACGCAUAUAAAUCAUCUACUCGACAAGCUUUCCUUGGACUUGCCGCCCAGGCCGCCUUCGGCAGCGGCCAUACCAAUGAGAAAAGACAUUCUCGAACUGUUUGCAAGUUUACGGGAACAUAGGAAUAAUUCCCAGGACAAAGGCAAGAACGAUCGUGAUAUCGAUACUUGUUCAGUGCCCACUCAGACUGAUGAUUUGAGCGAACCGCACGCUUAUUCUCAUACAACGAAUCUAGUCACGGUCGACGAUGAAAGUUUUUCUAAAUCAUCCCAAAUAUCGGAAUUACAGCCUCGUAAUAGAAUAUCGACAGUGAUACGCGAAGAAUUAGUUGCGGAAGAAAAUAACGAAAAUUCCAAUUGUGAUGAACUAACGACAUAUCUAAUCACUUCCAAUGUACGUCAUAUGGACUUGGACAAUACAUUCAAUCCGCUGCUCUAUCAACAUUUGUUGCCAGAUCUGCAAAUUACGACUGCUGUAUCGCCGGAAGGAGAAGCGGAACAACUGGAUAAUCAGUACGCGAAAAGUUUCGGCAUGGCAAUGAUGCGCGGCAAUGAUAGCAGAAUCGAUCAUUCGACGGAGAACAAAACGACUUUAUCUCGAAACGACGUGCCAACAAAAGGUCGGACAAGCGCAUUAGAGUCUGAAGAGAGCACGGGAGAAUUUUCCGCUUUGACAGAUUCGGAUAUAUCGGGAAAUAUCGACAACAGUAUCGAUGUAACCGUCAUAUAUAAAUCCAGCAACAAUGAUUUAAUGUCGGAUAAUAGUACGGAAUCGACGAUUGAUAUUAUGUCAUUCGACAAAUCAUCAGCACAGCAAACAGACAUCAAAACGAGAGAUUACUGCUCCACCGAAUUGUCUGUUCCCGGAGUAUCGAGACAAGCGCCUGAAGGCGGCAAUCCUGUAGAAGAUGCUAAGAUAGUUUCGGUAAUGACGAAUCGACAAGAUGACAUUUAGAAUGUGUCAACAAAUAAUUAAAUACUUUUGGAUACUUGUGUAAGAUUUGUAAUUAGACUAGAAUAUAUAGAAAAAAAACAAUCUUUGUAUAUGCAUGUGUGUGUGUGUACAGAAUGAACCAAUAACAAUCAACAAUAUCUUCAAAAC